AUUGUAGUGAUUUAGUCUUAACCAUACCGUGACGUCACUUAUCAAAAUAAAUAAGACAUUUUUAGGUCAUUUCAGAAAUUUCUUUAAAAAUGAAAUUCAAGUUCAAGGAAGAGCAUACGUUUGAUCAAAGGAAGGCAGAGUCAACGAAAAUCCGAGACAAGUACCCAGAGAGAAUACCGGUGAUUGUAGAGAGGGAUCCAAAGUCACAGAUUCAGGAUAUUGACAAGAGAAAAUUUCUGGUUCCCAAUGAUAUCUCUGUUGCUCAGUUCAUGUGGAUAAUCAGAAAGAGGAUCCAGCUUCCAUCAGAGAAAGCGAUAUUUCUGUUUGUUGAAAAAGUACUUCCACAAUCAAGUGCAAGUAUGGGACAGGUGUAUGAAGAACAUAAAGAUGAAGAUGGAUUCUUGUACAUAGCAUACAGUGGGGAAAACACAUUUGGACAAUUCUGAAAUGUACAUAUGGUUACUGUUGUGAUAUUGUCAUUUUUAUAUAUAUAGGGGGUAUCAUCACGGUAAAAUCAUGUAAAAUUCUUGCUAAUUCAUGUUGGUAAAUUAUAUUGUUGUUGACUGGAAGAUAAUUUUUAUAAUUUUUUUUUCAAGUCUUUGCUAUAAUAUUCCUUACAAAAAUAACAGAAUCAGGAAUAUUGGAAUGAAUUUUUGAUUGUAAUAUGUUGUAAAAUUCUCAAAUAGUUCUAGUCUUUAAUUCAGUGAUUGGUCUGAUAUUGUAUCCGUAGGUUCCUAAGGUGAAACAUACUGUUCUCUAGAUCUGGUAAUAGUCACAUAGGUUUAACUACCGUAUUUUGGUGUGUAUAGGUCGCACUUUUUCUACCCAUUCUGCUGCCUGAAAAAGUUCCUGCGACCUAUACGACAGAACAUUGCUAGCAGGUUUUUUUUCCGGGCCAAUUUUCUGACCGUAGCUCUCGCAAAAUUACGUGCAUCUGUUACGAACGAACAAAAUGGAUAAAAAAUAUCAAUAUCGGCGGCUUUUUAAACCAAUAGCGAUUACUUUCAAUAAAAUAUAUCGUAAAUAACCCAUACAGACUUUUAAAAUUACAAAUGACUUUAAUUCAAAGAUGUUUUUGCAGUCUGAAUUACGUUUGUUUCUACUUUCAUUUUACUGGACGCCAUUGACAUGUACUCCGAGUUGGAUAAAAUCCGGACAGAUCCGUCCUCCAUUCCAAACAUUGUUUAUACUAAUUCUUAGCGUAUUAAAAAACUUGAAAGAUAAUUUUUUACUUUUGAUUUUUAAAUAAAAGAAAAAAAUCUAAAAAGAGAUAUUUUGUUAAUCUUUUUACUCAGAAUCAAAAGAACGCGGUUAAUUACAUGACACGGACAGGUGUUAUAAUUGCUGUGCAAACAAUUCACACUUAAACUUGCAUGAUAACAGAAUGUAAAUGCAAACCGUCUGCUGCCAAUUAGUGUCAAAAAGCCGCUUUUCUUUGAUGCAGUCUUUUACCGAUACUACUGUUGGUACGAAACGGUUGGGAACGAAAAUAACACUGUCCGAUUUCCACCAAUCAGGUUCUGAUAAUAAUUCAGUCCGCGGCAUCAAUAUGGCCGCCGCCAUAACUUUUUUGCCGGUAAAUAUUAAAUAUUGCUGGGGAAAAAAUCCGAAAUUUAACUGCGACUAAUACACUAGAAGUUAAAUUUUCCGACCAUUUCCAGAGCAAAAAUUAGAUGCGGACUAUACAUUACCGCGACCUAUACACACCAAAAUACGGUAACCCUUAUCUUGCUAAAUUUCUAUAAUGAACUUGUCCAUCUUUCAAUUUGGACAGUACCAUGAACUUUUAAAAUGAUGUGCAGGCUGAUCUUGGUCUGCACUGGUCGCAAAAGCAGAAUCACUUGCCACCAGCAGGCUAAAGGUUAAGAGAUUUCACUGACAGCAGCUUUAUUUUCUGUGUUAGAAAUCACAGCUUUAUUUUCUGUGUUAGAAAUCACGAAACAUCUGUUUUAGGACUUGAGGCGACUUCUGUUCAUGACUAUUCUAAGCCUGAGAGUGGCAUUACACUCAAUUAUAAGUUAAAAUAAAACCAUUGUGAACAGUACUCAAUCUACAGUACAAAUAUCCAGUGGGAUGCACCGCCUUUGAAUGUGUUCCAAAAUAUCUAUAAUAACAAGCAUUUUCACAGGCAUGUAAUGGAAUUUUUUGUGGUAACAUUAAUUUUUGAAAUAGACUGGAAAUUAUCAUGUUUAAAUGUUUCUAUUGAAAAGUAUUUCUAGAUGAAUCUAUUAUCACACACACAACAUUCAUAGUACAGUUGUAUGCUUACCUACACCUAAUUGAUUAUCUUCAAAUAUUAAUCUUGAUGUUGGAAACUCCUUUGAUUCAUGUGAAAAAGUUGUUACUUAUUUUUGGGGAGCAUGUCUGUACUAGUACAGAAUCCAGGAACACUGAUUACGUAAACCGAUUUCUGUUUCAUAACUGAAAUACUGUUGAAAAAAGACAUUAAAUCCAUCAACCAAUUAAUAAUAUCUCAAGAAUGAAAAUUCUAUAAACUACAGAAUGUGUCUAGUGGUUGGAGACUAGGCUGAAAACUGUAGUAUCUGGUUGGAUAUUUUUGAAUUCAAAUUUGAAAUUGAUCAGUGAUACAUUGUAAAGUAGUGUUAUAAACACCAACUAGUCUAAAAACUGCAGCCUCUGGCUGAUUCUGAGCUUUGUCUUGAAACUUACCAAUGACAGUUCUGCAUUCUGCAUAAAAAGACUUAUUGAAUAAGAAAAGUGUGACUGUUUUUGCCUUCCUUCAGUAUAUACCAGAAAUAUAUCUAGGAGUUAUUUUUGCAUCAGUUUUGUAGUUCUCCAUAUAUAGGUAAUAUCCCAAACUAGAGAUUAUUUUUCAAGUUUAACCUUAACCCUGCUAAUUUUCUACAACGGGUUGGUCCAUCGUUCAGUUUGGGUAGUACCACUUGUUUAUCAAAGGGGUGUUUCCUGAAAAUAUACAGACUGAAUAGCAGACAGUGCAGACCAUGAUCAGCCUGCAUAAUCACUUGCCAACAGCAGGCUAAAAGUUAAGCAUUGCAUAUUUUUUAUAUUCAAGAAAGUAAGCAUAUGAAAGCUAAGGUUGUUAUUCAAAUUCCAUUCUUGCCUGUUUGUUGACUUUCAGUUCCAUGACUAAACUUCUGUUGAAUGUUAUAUGUUUGUCCAGAUAUGUUAAUUAUGUCAAGUAAAUUUCGCUGCAGUAAUAUAGCAUUAUAUAGUGAAUAGCACAGAAAAUACUUUUUUUCUGUAGUUACCUCCCUUUUGAUGUUAGAUUAUUAGAACUGUUAGGCAUAGGAAAAAGAGACCAAUAUAAUUGCACCUUUACUAAUCCUACCAGGUGUUCUGUAAAACAAAAGUGCUUCUAUUGAGACAUUUCGAUACAAGCAAAACUGUAUUAUUUGCACUAUAAAAUACUUACUGGUAUUUCAUUAUAAUAUCGGCUUGUUAAAUGUUAAUUUUUACCACAAGUAAGUUGACAAAAUCAUAGGAACCAGUGAUUCAAGGGUAAAUCAAACACAUAUUAAUAAAUCCUGAACGAUUUUGUUGUGCAAAAAUGUAUAAUACUGUGUCUUAAACCGUUUUCGUUUUCUACUCUAUUGUGUAAUUGCAAGGGAAGUAAACUAAUAGAUAUCUCUGCUUUAAAGUACUAGCCCAAGGCAAGAGUUGACAUUCUUUGCAGAUCACAACUUUGAAUUAAAUAUUAAAAUUUCUGUUGUUGAUAUUAGCAAAACUAUCAUACAUUGCACAUUUGUGUAAUCAUUUUUGUUAAUUUCAAGGACUUGGAAAUCAAUUUCUAGACUUUAUUUAAUGUAUUUCUAUCAAUGAAAAUGUUAGGGUCUAUCUCUAGAACUGUUACUUUCAGAAGUUUAGAAUAUAAUUUAAAAAAUGAACAAAGAAGGAUAAGAUAGUUUGCUAGAUUUUUGUAUUUGUUUCACUGAUUUACAAACCUCUGGGAAAUUGGCAGUUGUAUCACAUUGUCUUUUUUUCCUGUGAUCACUUCAAGCAUAUGUGUGUUAUUUAAAAGUUACUUUCUCAAAUUUGGAGUGAAAAUUUUCAGUAUGUUUCUUAUCACUAGGUUUGGCAUGGAAUGUAGAUAAUUAUUACCUUGCUUAUUAAUGAAAAGAUUAAAAACAAGUUUAAGAUAUUGGUUAAAAAAGCAAGAAGAAUUUGGAUUUACACCAAUAUUUAAAGUGUAAAAAAUACAAGGGUUAACUCUUGUCUGCACAAUAUUUUAGGUAAUUAAUUAGAAUAUCUUUCAAAUCUCAUAUGUCAAUAUGUUUUUACCUCUGGUCACUUGAAGCACCUACAUCUUGAUAUUUUUUUUGAGAAAAAAAUUACUAGAAGUGUGCACAAGUUGCUUUCUUCUUUAAUAAUACAAUAAAGUCGCCAGUUUUGUAUUGAUAAUCAAGUUUAUUAAAAUUAAAUGAGCCGUGCCAUGAGAAAACCAACAUAGUGGCUUUGCGACCAGCAUGGAUCCAGACCAGCCUGCGCAUCCGCGCAGUCUGGUCAGGCUCCAUGCUGUUCGCUAACAGUUUCUCCAAUUCCAAUAGGCUUUAAAGGUCCAAUACUAAGGAAAGUGAACAUUUUAAUUUCUUUUAAAAAGCACAGAAACUAUUUCAUUUUAUUGGAAAAUGAAAGUUGGUAUGUAGAAAUUCGAAAUAAAUCGCAGUAUAUGUACAAUUAUUUUUCUAUGAAGUAUGAAGAAAGUUAAAAAGACCUGGGGGGUCAUUCUGUCGAUUCAUUGAAAUUUCAACAUAAUACACAUACAUUUCUUUGAGUUCCAAAGACCUUCUGUAAAUUUUGACCUGCCAAUCUUCAUUAUUUAGUGUCUUGCAGAAGUCUAUGCACUGGCUAUGAAAAAAAUUGCCAACUCACUUUCCCUUAGUAAUGGACCUUUAAAAGCGAACAGCAUGGAGCCUGACCAGACUGCACGGAUGCGCAGGCUGGUCUGGAUCCAUGCUGGUCGAACACCCACUAUGUUGGUUUUCUCAUGGCACGGCUCAAAUGUACAUUUGUAUAAAAAUGCUGCUUCAGUCAUAAUACAUAGCACAUACAUAAUGCUUAAAAACAAAAAUAGAUAAAGUCAAGAAAGAGGAUUUUAAUCAUUUACAAGUACACUGCAACCUCUGUAGAGUAACACCUUUUGGGAGAUAAAAAUAUUGACUGUUAUGUAGAGGUUGUUGUUCUGGAGAGGUAAAUUCGAUAGAAUAUUUCAGUAAUUUAAUAGAAUAUUUCAGCUUAGGAAAAUUUGAUGAUGUUGUUUUAGAGAGGUUCUGGCUUAAGAGAGGGCCGCUCUGGAGAGGUUGUACUGUAUACUUUAACCUGUAACUUAUAUUGGGAUACUAUCUUAAAUAACUUUUGUCAUGAAUGAACUUCUAAAACGUUUUCCACAAAAAAUUCAGGGGCACUCAUUUCUUAAGUUAUGAACUGGGGUAGUGUCUUAAUUUAAAAAAAAGCCCUGAACAAGCUGUUGAAUAUUUUUCUUUACCCAGUCGAACAAAUUGACUUUUAAGACCACACCUCUUGCAUUGUCAAAGAAAUUUCACUUCACUUCCUGGUUUGCUGAGUUCAAAAGAUGUCCCACAAGUAGUUAAGGGGCUUUGCAGCAAAUGAUAAAGUUUUAAUUUUACCGAUACUGUUCAACUGGUGCAUUGGUAUUUUAAAAUGGCUUAUUUGUACAUGUAUUCAUUACUUGUGGUUUGUGUCAUAGCAAGUGUGUAUGUGUGAUUGUUUGUUGUUUUGAUCACGGAAUUGUCAUUUAUCAGUAUAAAUACAUUGUUUCAUACUUAACUUUUGACAGAUGAGUUAUUAUUGAAUAAAAGUUGAAUAGUAUUA